CAAGAGGAGGAGGUGUCUGCCCUCAAGCUACCAGCGUCCCGGCUGUGUGCACGCGAGCCGGGAGCCGGGAGCUUUGUACACGGAAACCUCUGCCCGCCACACCGCUGAGAUCGGAUGUGUCUUGCGACAGGAUCGCAAUCCCUCCGCUUUCCACCUUAUAACACACCUCUCGCGAGAGGCCAGGCGGCGGACUUUUGGGGGAAAAAGGGCUUGCGGAUGUUUCCAGUCAAGCCCACCUUGAACUCCAAUUCAUUCAUACUUAGGUCUUAAAGCUACGAAUGAAAAGCCCAACGAAACCCCGGCAGACAGUUUCAAGCAACAGCGCUGACGGCCCCAAAAGAUUGCCCCAGAGCUAUUAACAAGCCCCCCGCCCAACUCCGACGCUCGCGCUACGGUUGGAUGACUGUGAGGUCACAAGGCUUCUCGCCCCCCCGCCCCCCCGGAGAAAAACCGGAACAAAUCCCAGAGACAAAGAUUUUUGAGGGAGGGGCAACGGGGCUCUCAGCCCGAGGUCCUCACGUAGUCUUUAUUCCGCCCACCGCGACUCCAAGGAGCACAGGGGCGGGGCCCGGUCCUGGCCCCUGAGUCCCCGCCGGGCGCGGUGGGGGCGGGGCCGAGGGGCGGGGUUAUGCGGGCAGGGGCGGGGUAGCUGAGAGUGGCCCCCUGGUGGGGCAAUGGAAAAGCAGGAGUCUGGGGGGGCUGCUGGCAGUCUCACCCAGGAAUCCCCUGGCGGGGCCACCAGGGAAGUGCCAGGAGGCAUCACAGGAGUCGCGGCAGGCUCCGGGCUGCCCUCCGGAGUCGUCGCGCCGCAAUGUUCUGGCCGCCCCGGAACAGUCAGUAGAGGCCUGGUUUCUAGCCUGCGCUCCGGAGUGGUAGCGGCUCCUGGUUCCAGGCCCAAGCAGCCUCCUGGGGAGGUUGUGGGCCACAGCCUUGCGCCUGGCACAUACCCUGGCGGAUUUAACGCCCCCAUUCCUGGAACCUGUGCAGCCGGGACGUCUGACUUCGGGUCCAAGGGGUCUGGGGUGCACAACUCGGAAUGCAGUCCGCGUUCCGGUUCAACUUCUUUGCACCCCCACAAACCCUAUGAGGAUCUGCCCCAUAACAUCCUAAAAACCAGCAACCACACCUUGAUACAGAAACCCCCCAGUGCGGACAGGAAAAAGUCUCAACACUGGGAUGAAAUGAAUAUCAUGACCACUUACCACCCUGCUGACAAGGACUACGGAUUUAUGAAGGUGGAUGAGCCUCACACUCCCUACCACAGGCUGUCACCGCAGGCCAGUGAUGAGCCCUCCGUCACAGUGACUCCGGAGGCACUGAGGGAAAGGUUUGCAACAAUGGACAAUUUCUACCCCAAGGUCCUUCAGCACCCUGAUAACAGAAGCUCAGGGUCUUCAGACUACUUUUCCAAAACACGUGAGAUGAGGGGCGGGGACUGCAUGGAAAGGGGAGGCGGAGUGAACCUUGAGCGGGAGCAUGGCAGGAAAGCCGAGCUCUUAAACUGGCCCACAGACUCCAGUGGUUUUGAGAAGCACCGCAAGACACACUACAAUGAAGGGAAGUUCCUCGUCGCUCAGAAAAACCAGCCCUCGGGUAAUAAGAAGAAGAGCAACGGGGGUAGUGGAAGUUUGGGCAGUGGUGGUCGAGGUGCGAUGCUGGGCCCAGAGGCCAGGCCUGUGGAGAGAGGCUGGGCAGGAGGACUGGCCAGAGGAGUCAAAGACAAGAUUGGCCUGGUGACCAGGAACCACAUCCAAGAAGCUGAGGAUUCCUCUACCUUCAGAAAUCAGUCCCCACCUCCGGCCAUCAUCGUGUCGGACAAGGAGGCUGAUCUGCAGCGAAAGGAGUAUUAUAGCAAAGGAAGAUACCUGAGGUGCUGUUCUCACCCGGAGCUUGAGGAGGACACGGAAGAUGAGCAGCAGGACAGUGACAGCGACAGUGACAGUUCUACAAGCUUGCGCUGGGCGAGUGAGAAUUCCAUAGGAACUGAGGUCCGCUCGCUGGACCACAGAGGAAGCCCCCUUCGGGAUCACAGGCCAUCGAGAACUCCCUGACAGUGACAGGGACACCAUUACAGCCUGAUGCAUCCCUUCGGCUUUGAUGGACUCAGGAGGGGGAAGCCACACAAUAGAAAAUGUAGCCAGCUGGAGAUGGGGAGGGGGCCAGCCUUCCCCUGCCCUCACCACCCAAGGGGUGGACAAUAAAGAGAAGAAGAGCAGCAGCAGUCUUGGUGCCGUGAAUUGGGGGCCCAAGCGGACCUGCUCAGUCACUGAAGAGAGGAGAGGGGGGAGGGAAAUUCACACACAGGAAACCACCAUGAGCAGCCAGAGCCGAGAAGAAAGCUCGGAGUAGUCGGGGGACUGGGGUCCAGAAGGUCUUGGGAGUCUGAGAAGGCCCAGCUGCAGCAGGAUGACAGUGAUUGGUGUGCUUCAGUCGACAUAAAUUCACAAGUGUCAUCUUUAAUUCUUACAAGAACCCUGGAGGCAGGGGUUGCCAUGCCCAUCUUCCAG